AUGUCGCUUUUCAUGCCGACUUCGAAUACGGCAAACACAGGGAUCAAGAUCGUAACCCUUUCUCAGGCACUUGGCCUUACCGCAGUCAUCAAUAUCUUUUCUCCCGAGGGCAAAUUGCUAGGUUUGCUUAGCGCAACCGAAGUGACUGCCUUCCGCACUGCCCUUGCGGUUAUGACCCUGUUUGUUCGUUGCAAUUCUCUGAAGAAGGAGAACAUCGUGAUCUUUGGCUCUGGAAGACAGGCCGAGUGGCACGCACGGCUUGCGCUUCUCCUAGUCCCGGAUCAAGUCUGCAGCAUUACGCUUAUCAACCGGGGUCGUAAGAGGCUGGAAGAGAUGAAAGAUAUUAUUGCAGAGCUGCAAUCCGCUCAUCCGGGCGUUACAUUUACAACACUCGCGAAAGAGGAUACACCAGACUAUCAGGAACAACUGCAAGCUGCAUUGGCAGCCUGCGACGUUAUCUUUAGCUGUACACCUUCCACGGAGCCUAACUUCCCCUAUUCCUACCUCCAGCCAUUUAAGCAGCGAUUUAUCUCUCUCAUUGGUUCGUACAAGCCUCAUAUGAAAGAGAUUGAUACGGAAACUCUUUUUUCGGGUGGGCACCAAAUCUACGUCGACUCGAAGGAGGCAUGCCUGGAAGAGUCGGGUGAGCUGAUCGAUGCGCACGUAAAGGAGGACCAGUUGAUUGAGAUUGGAGAACUGUAUGGGAAGCUCGGGAAAUCCGAGCCGAUCCCUGUCUCGGACACGCAUAACGUGGUAUUUAAAUGCGUGGGCAUGGGAAUCAUGGAUCUCACCAUCGGAAAGACCCUAUUGGAUCUUGGUAAAGAACAGGGAUUGGGAAUGGAGAUAAAUGCCGUUCAGUUGUACGGAGUCAGUAUCCGAAGAGAUAAGAAGGAUGGAAAUAUAUACAUCUUUCCCCCCAGAUUCAGUGAUCUUCUCAUGCGGGGCGGUUGGUCUACCAACACCAGCUGGACUCGGUCAGCAGAAACGACCCCGCGUCUCCGAAGAAAACCGCAAACGAGCCGUUCGAGCGUAAGUAGCUGUCGCACAUGUCUGCGUUAUCGCCGCCAAUGCGUCUUCACACACCCCGACCAUGCGGAGAAGGUCGCUCGGUCCUCGUCGAUCUCUCUCCUCGAACGGAACGCGGGCCUCAGUCGCCAGAACCUGGUGGACUCGGAACGAAUUCGGUACAUGGAACGGAUCCUUCAGCAUUAUGUUCCGAACAUCUCUUUUGAUAUUCAGUCCCUCCGUAAAACUGCCGAGGAGCUGAAACAUAGACAUCGCCAUUCUUUCACAGAUGCAAGCCCUUCGAUUCGCCUUGAUGAGGAGGAUUUCGAGGAUUUGGCUAUCGACGAUGAGGAUUAUAUGGUGAAGGCUUUACCAGAUAAUACAACACAGUAUUCCGGGGAGUUCUCCUAUUUGAACUUGUCCAUGAAAAUUCGACAGAAGAUAGAUGAAUGGAUGAAAACGGCAGCACCAGAGGCCUCUACUGAAACAGACCCAUUUGAAGAGCGAUGGCGUGCGACACAGCUCCAAUCGGGUUCCUCCUUAGUGUCGGCAUCAGUGACUUGCCUGCCACCACGUUUCGUAGCCGAUUUUCUUGUUCAAAUAUUUUUCAAACACGCGCAGACCAAUAAUUUCUAUGUGGAAGAAGACUGGAUACGAGAGAAGUUGAACAUAUGUUAUACUAACCCAUCAAGCCUGUCGUCCAAUGAUGCUGGCUCCGUAUGUUCGAUACUCAUGAUCCUGGCAGUCGGGACGCAGUUUGCUCAUAUGGAAUCGGCCAUUCCCGUCAAUCGGCCGCCGGCCGACCUAUCAUCCAUGGAGGAUCAUCACUUUUCGGAAGAUGAAGUCGGCUUAACUUUUUAUCAAUUCGCUUCGAAGCUGGUUCCGGAUAUCCUUGCAACAGUCUCCAUUCGGAGUGUACAGGCUUGCUUAUUGAUCGGAACUUACCUGUUACCUCUCGACACCUCGGGCCUUUGCUACACUUACUUCGGUCUAGCCCUUAAAAUGGCUAUCCAAAAUGGCAUGCACCGGAGAUACCAGGGUGAAGGACUCUCCCCUCGGAUGAUCGAGGUCCGCAAUCGAGUUUUCUGGACAGCUUACACCAUUGAAAAGCGUGUCAGUAUUCUCCACGGGCGACCCGUAUCUUUGUCAGAUUCGGAUGUGGAUGCUGCGAUGCCAGUUGAUUUUCCGGGCUUGAACCCGACAGGGCAGGUCUCAAACCAUACCAAUAUGGUAACUUUGAUCACUUUAACUCUUAAACUUGGCGAAGUCGCCAACGAGAUGGGUCAACAGCAGGAUUGCGUUGAACGAUUACUGAAUUUGCGGAAGAACCUUGUCGAUUGGUGGGCUACACUGCCAGAAGAGACCAAUUGUCGAGACUUGAACCCCUCAGGACCACUAUUUCGCUCCAAUGUUCACUUGAAGCUAGAUUACUGCCUGACUCGCAUUUUCCUUGGGCGCCCAUUCUUAUUCAGCAGCAUGAAGAUACUGAACGCAACCACCCCUCAAGCCCAACCGUUCAAGACACCAUCAGGCGUUUCAAAGAAUAGGUCGACACUUAUCACAGAUUGUGUAGAAGCUGCCCUCGAAAUCAUUAAUCUCUGCCAGCUACUCCGCGAUGAAUCCGGUCUUGCUCGGGCAUCGUUCACUGAAUUCAGCUCUUGCCGUGCUGCUCUCCUUGUUAUCCUCGCACAGAGUUUGACGAAACGAACCGAGCGGUUACGGGAAGCGCUUGAAAAGGGCAUGGUUUUAAUCAAGAUUAUGUCAAUGGGCGUGGGAUCUGCACGCUCUGCUGUUAGUGUGAUUGAGACCCUUGAGAGAGCCAUUCGCCGUCUCGAGGAUUGGAGUGAAAGACAAGCACCGGACAAUACCGGGUCCAUGGAGUCAGCAUAUGAUCGCUUCAAGAAUUGGGAAAUGCUCUGGAAAACUGGACCGAUGUCGCCCGAGCUUGUUCCUUUCCAAGAGCAAUAUCCGGCUGGAAGGAGUAGCAUUCCACCUGUCCCUGUUACUCCAAUGACCGGCACUUCCGGUGGCAACGACCCUAUGGAAGGCGACGUCGCACAUACAGAAAUCACCACAUUAUCGGACUAUUCCGCCUCUCAUGCGGCUUCGUUACCCCAAAUGCCUCGUUUUGGUUUCGAUCAUUUUGUGUCCAACUUCCCGCAAGAAUUGGACGAGUUUACCGCCAUCCCCUGCUUUGAACCCGAUGCGCAGCAAAGCCUCUCUAGCGACAUCAACAAUCCGGAUACCAAGUGGAUGCAAUUUACCAGUGAUUGA